AUGACAAUAGCAAUACAAUCUCUUUCCAUCAUUGGAUCUGCCUUGACACGCUGGACAGCAGACAUCAUUCGAGAAUGGGAGGGGUCUCACCAAGAGGCGGUCGUAUUCAACAGAGACACCAUACAUUUGGGCCAAGUAGACAUGAAGAAUGCCUUGAUGGGCCCAGCUGGUAGUCGUAGAACCACCACAAGACUGCAGACGAUCGACAGCACGCUGGGAAUCCACUUGCAUCAUUUGGCUUUGGCGCUAUACCGUGACAAGCUCAUCCUGGCAGAGCACAUUUGCAAGUCUUCAUGA